UAAUGAAGGGGCAGAAACGUAAAUCCAGGAAACCACGUUACCGUUUUGAGGAUGCAGAUUUUCACACGUAGGUGGUAAUAGUCAACGAUUCCUGUCUUGUCCACAAAGCAAACUCGGGAAACCGGAAAAGGAGAGGAAAAACAAAAAGAUAUGAUUUUUCUCAGACUUCCACCAGCUUCAGUUUUCACACUUCCAUUUUGCGCUUUCGCAUUUCCAAAACCCUAACCCCAAACACACAUCCUGUGAUCCAAACGACGUCGCCGUGGCUAAAAGGUCAAUGUUCGCUGGCGGAGGGGACGACGCCCUGGCGGCGCGGCUCGGCAUGAUGACGCCGUCGCUGCUGAACCCGGCGACGCCGUCGGUGAUGUCCGGCGAGAUGUCGCCGGCGGCGGCGAGGGAGGAGAGGGGGCCCGGUCAGCCGCAGUGGAGCCAGCAGGAGACGAGGGAGUUCAUAGCGAUACGCGCGGAGCUGGAGAAGGACUUCACGGCGUCGAAGCGGAACAAGACGCUUUGGGAAGUGGUGAGUUCGAAGAUGAGAGAGAGAGGGUUCAGGAGAAGCCCCGAACAGUGCAAAUGCAAGUGGAAGAACCUCGUUAAUCGCUAUAAGGGAAAAGAGACAUCUGACCCAGAGCAUGGAAGGCAAUGCCCUUUUUUUGAAGAAUUGCAUGCAGUCUUUACCCAAAGGGCACAUAACAUGCAGCGAUUACUUCUUGAAUCUGAAACUCGUUCAGCUCAAACCAAAAAAGGGGUGAAAAGAUCAAGUGUAGACCGAUCCUCGGAGGAACUCUCGGAAGAUGAUGAUGAGGUUGAAUAUGACAGUGAAGAGGAAAAACCUUCCAGAAGCAAUACCCGCAAAAGGAAAGUUGACAAAGUUGGAAUGGAAAAAUCUUCAAGGGCAAACAAUCCAUCAAAUGUUGUCAGUAAUAGUACUAGUAGUAUUCAGGAAAUGCUGAAGGAAUUUUUCCAGCACCAGUUAAGGAUGGAGAUGCAGUGGAGGGAGAUGAUGGAAAGGCGUGCUCAGGAAAGGCAAUUGUUUGAACAGGAAUGGAGGCAGUCAAUGGAGAAGCUUGAGAGGGAGAGAUUAAUGAUUGAACAGGCAUGGAGGGAGAGAGAAGAACAGAGGAGAAUGAGAGAAGAGAGUAGGGCAGAGAGAAGGGAUGCUUUGUUGACGACCCUUUUGAACAAACUCAUUAAUGAAUCUAACUAACCGAAGCAAAUGGCUUGGAUUCCUUGUAGCUGAUUACUUUGUUGUUUCCAUUUAUUAUAUGAUUCUAUGUUUAGCCCAAAAUGAACCAAAUUUCAUAGUAGAUUUUGAUUACAAGAAUAUGGGAAAGGAGAAUUUGAUUGAUGAAAGGGGUAUUUAUAGGGGUAUAUGAACAUUUUUCUUUUGAAGAUUGAUACAGAAAGAGUUUUAUAUAUGAACUAUUUAGGGAUACUUCUGUUUGGCAUUAAGUUCUGUGACAUGUAACUAAAAACAGGUAUGGGUUUCAAGCUGUCUGUAUAAUUUUCUUAUAUCUGUACAUAUAUAUUGUUAUAGGGAUGACAAGUUUGUUUAAUAA